UGAAAUGCAGGUACCAUCAGAGACAUGCUUAGUCUGGACCUAGGAUUCCGCUUGAUUUGCAGACGAGAUAAAGCACAGUGUAGCUAUGACAAAUUGAAUUGAAAUGUGUUAUUAAUAGACUUUGUUCUGAUGACAGUAAUGAACUUAGUAGGCCUUUAAUUAAGUCAUCGUCUCUCUAUUUAAUGUAAUGAACAGUUUUCGUGUCAAGACUUAGAGUUUUAGUUUCGACAAUGUCUAUUAACAAGGAGGUGCACAAUGAACAGGAGAAAGUGGCAUUGAGAAAAGAGUUGGGCUUUGUCAGUGCGGCCUCUUUUGUUGUUGGAUCUAUAAUUGGCUCAGGGAUCUUUAUUUCCCCUAAAGGUGUCCUCCAGAAUACAGGGUCAGUUGGACUAUGUCUGGUUGUGUGGGCAGUCGCUGGACUCAUCUCUCUUGGAUCUGCUCUUUGCUAUGCAGAAAUGGGAGCCAUGAUUGGUAUCUCUGGUGGUCAGUACACGUACAUAAGGCUCGGACUUGGGAAUUUUUUAGGAUUCAUUUUUGCUGCCCAGAAAACUCUGCUUCGGAACUCAAUAAGUCAAAUCAUCAUGCUGCUGACAUUUGCCAAGUACACAGUCUCUCUACUGCCAACAUGUGGUUCACCUCUACUCUUGGAGAAGUUGAUCGCCGCUUUAACUUUAGUGGGCGUAGUCUUGAUCAACAUGUAUAGCUCCAGGCUAGCAGCCAGGCUGACUGUGGUGACCACAGCUGGGAAGAUCUCUGCUCUUAAAGCCAUCUGUAUUGGCGGAGUAGUGUCCAUUAUUAGAGGCGUCGAAAGCGAACUGGGCAGUGGAUUCAGUGGCACGAGAAGUGACCCAUCCUCAAUGGCCUUAGCUUUUUAUAGCGCCCUGUGGGCGUACAGUGGCGCCUCAGGUAUAACCUGUUUGGUUGAGGAAAUAAAAUCUCCAGGCAAAAAUGUUCCAAGGUCCAUAUUGACUGGCUUUUUGUUUACACUCGCUAUCUAUGUGAUGACCAAUGUGUCCUACUUGGCUGUGAUGACUAGGUCCGAGCUACUUCAGUCGAACGCUGUGGCUGCUUUGUUUGCAGACAAAGUGUUACAGAACAUCUCCAUCUUGAUUCCAGUGGCUGUUAUGAUCUCCACAUUUGGAUCGACCAAUACCAUCGUACUGAGUACCAGCAGAGUAACUUUCACUGCUGCCAGGGACGGCAAUCUACCAGACUUUCUCAGUUAUAUACAGAUCUCUCAGUUAACUCCCUUUGGAGCCAUGACACUUACAGUGUCCUUGUCUUUAUUGUACAUGAUACCGGCUGACCUUGGUCAGUUCAUCAGCCUCGCUGGGUUUCUGGAUGCUUUCUUCGAAGCGUGCACAUUCGUUGCAUUGAUUCGGUUCCGUUUACAAACAAUGAAAGAUGCACAUAGGCCAGUGAAGAUUCCACUCCUGAUUCCUAUUCUGAUGUCGUUGGUGAAUAUCUACUUGUUUGUCGCACCUAUCAUCUUCAAACCUAGACUGGAAUACGUGUACGUCGCUGCCAGUGUUUUUACUGGUGCUACCUUACUGUACAUUCCUUUUGUACGCUUCGGGCUCAAAGUACCAUUAUACGAUAAAAUCGUGACAUGCUUGCAGUUGAUUUGUGAAAUCUGUCCACCAGCUAAGGCCGGCGAAUAAAUAAUUGGCAAAAAUUUAGUGAGUUUAUGAUUAAUACUAGGAAGAGACUGAAAUUUUUAAGAAAAUAAACUAGCAAGUAAAUAAACUAUAUUCUCAACACAAAGUUUUAGCCUGUGACGUCAAUAUUCCAAGAACCCUUGACUACAGGGAAUCUAUUUAUUCCUGCAAGGCUAAUUUAAUCUUAAAAUGAACUGUAAAUCAUUAGUAUCUAGUACAUUAUUAGUAAUAAAUAUUUUUUUCUAAUAACAUUAUUGUGACAAAUAUCCAAACUUUAUACAUAAAGAUAUCUAUUUAAAAAAUAUUCUUUUUGUUUCUUUUGUAGCAUAAUCAAUUUCAAAAAGUAAAGUACCUCUUUUCAGACAUAGAACAUCUGUUUCUGUGACACACUGUUAACUAGGGUGUCAUGUAGCCAGAACAAUGACCAACCACCUUUACUUUUCCCCAACUUAUGUCAGGUACUCAUUAAAAGAAUAUCCGUUUUUUCUAAAACUCACUGCUCUAUUUUUUAUGUGUUCUAGUUUCUUUGUGUUUCCCUGAGAUGAGGGAUCCAGAACAGAGGAUGCAUAUGCUAAUAUUGGCCUAAUUAAAAUUAAAUAACAUUUCAAUUUUAUGUUUUUGCUUGAUUUGUAAAAAAUUCUUUUAAUUAACCCUAAUGUUUUGCUUGAUUUUCAUGACAAGUUUUCAUUUAUUAUUACACCUCUAGUUAUUUUGAGUUUUUAGUCUGUAUGACUAGUGUACAAAAAUAAAAUUAGUAGUUUUUAUCUGCCUAAGUGUUUUUAGCGGCCCCCGUAAGGGGAAAAAGCCGCUAUUAGGUUUGUGCAAAAUGUCCGUCUGUCCGUCUUUCCGUCUGUCACACUCAGAUCUCGAAAAGUAGAAGAGAUAUGAAAAAUAUUAUUUCAUCAUUAAAUGCGGCUUCAAAAAUUUAGGUGCGACAGCUACUUUUGGUUUUCUAAAAGCAAACCGUUUAAUUUAUAAAAUUAAUUAUGCAAGCGAUUUUUUCAUAAAAAUACACCAAUUCUAAAACAAUUACGUAAAUGUAAGGGAGGCAAUGUUACAAUAUGCUAACAAAGAUGGACAAUUUUUGUGUAUUUUCAGUAUCACUAAGUCAAAUAUAUUUUUAAAAUGUACAGGAAAUGUUUACAACAAAUAUAAAUAAUAGUUAAAGAUUUUUUUUUCUGGUCAACUAGCUGCUAAAAUUAAAAGAAAACAUUUCUGUUUGUUUAUAAAGGCUAAUAAUGCACUUUGUAUGUAAAUAUCACGCAAUUUUUUUUUAAAUGGACUUUUUAUGCAGCGAUUUUCGUGCAGUAGCGUUACGUCGAAACUUGAUCUGGUGCUAAACCAAUUCCUUAAACUUAUUAAAAAAUCAGAUUUUAUUUAUUUUUUGUUUAGUACCCCCAUCCGAAUAAAAGAAGAUUAUUUUUGUGCGUUUUGUCUGUUAGUCGGUCUGUCCGUCACGAUUAGAUUAAAAAAACUAGAAGUCUAAAAGCUAUUGAAAAUCUGAUUUACCCUUUAAUGUUCCUCCCGUAACAUCUCAAUAGUUUUAAGUAUCUAAAAUUGAUUGUUCCGGAUUUUUUUGUGCAAAACUAAUCAACGCCAACAAAUGUUUGUUUGCUCUUCUAAUUUAUAUUACAUUCAAUUUCCAUGCUUAAACGUUGCAAAAACACAUUAUCAAUAA